GCCGAACUCCCUGAGAUGACGGAGGGAAUGGGCCGGAGAGAAGGAUGUGACCUGGAAUCUUUAUGAGAAAGGGGAAGUAUUAUUUCGAGUUGUCCAUCGUACAUACAAAUGGAGACGUCAAGGAAGCAAGCCUUGAGUUCCGAGGAGAGGCUGGGAUUGGAGCUGUCAGCAGGUGGAGAUGGAAAGUCGUGAGUCUGGUAAAAUAGGCGCAAGAUCAGCAGCUGAGAGUGAAGGUGGGAGAAGAGGUGAUACACGUUUGAAGAGAGGGGGUGACCUAGUCCAGCCAGCCGUGGCCACGUGGAGCAGACCUGUCAGAGUGUUUUCGGACCAGUCCCCGGUGUCCACCAGCACACUCACUGACCCUGGUAUCUGGGUGGAGACCUGAGCUGGGAGGAAGAAGGAACACACUCCUGAAAGUUGACCCUCACGUCGUGCUUGUCUCUGGAAAUCGUGGAGGAUAGCAACAUGGAAAAGAAGCCCCAGGAGAGCAGGCAGGAUCUCGGCCGUAGGGAGGGCCCCCCCGCGGCCAGGCUGCUGCUCGCGGUGGCUCUCACCAACGCGCUCCUCUACCUUUGCCUUGAUCGGUUCUUCAUUUCCCCGCGACAGCCUCCUGUGGAUCCCAGGCACUGUCCCCAUGGCCACUUCAGAAUGGGACAUAUGGAAACCUGCUCCCCGUGGCUGUCCUGUGAGGCGCUGAGAGCAGAAGUGAGGCCGCUGAAGCGCGUCGGGGAAGGAGCCGUGAAGAGGGUCUUUCUGUCUGAGUGGAAGGAACGCAAGGUUGCUCUCUCACGGCUCACCAGUCUGGAGAUGAAAGAUGAUUUCCUUCAUGGACUGCAGAUGCUGAAAUCUCUGCAAAGCAAAUAUGUUGUCACGCUGCUUGGCUACUGUGAGGACGACAACACUAUUCUUACUGAAUAUCACCCCUUAGGUUCCUUGAGCAACCUGGAAGAAGCUCUAAACCUUUCAAAGUACCGACAUAUGAACACGUGGCAGCACAGGCUACAGCUGGCCAUUGGCUACGUCGGCAUCAUUAACUACCUGCACCACAGCCCGCUGGGCACACUGGUCAUGUGUGACUCCAACGACCUGCCCAAGACACUGUCUCAGUACCUGCUGACGAGCAACUUCAGCAUCGUGGCCAACGACUUGGACGCCUUGCCGGUGGUGAAUCACAGCUCCAAGGCGUUUGUGAAGUGCGGCCACAGGGAGCUGCGUGGAGAUUUUGUGGCUCCAGAGCAGUUGUGGCCCCAUGGAGAGGACAGGCCUUUUCAUGAUGACAUCAUGCCCUCGUAUGACGAGAAGGUUGACAUCUGGAAGAUUCCAGAUGUCUCCAGUUUCCUUUUGGGGCACGUAGAAGGGAGUGAUAUGGUCCGAUUCCAUUUGUUUGAUAUUCACAAGGCAUGUAAGAGCCAGACUCCUGCAGAAAGACCCACUGCUCAGGAUAUCCUGGACACUUACCAAAAGGUUUUGAAUUCACUCCAAGAUACUGUGAUGUCUCAGACAAGAGAAAUGCUAUAAAAAAGUCCUAUUGUUGAAGGAUGGGAUUUAAGCAUCCCUACUCUGAUGGAGUUUUUUGCUUGAGUUCCGUGUUUCAUUGCUUCUUGCUGUUUAGCCAUGUGGAUCUUUCUCUCCAUCCUCGUGCACAUUCGAGUGUGUUCUGCUCUCCUGACAACCUGAGUGGGAGUUGCUCUGCAAGAGCAAACCCAGCCUGAUUGAAAUCUUGCUUUGCCAUCUUACCGCCGAUGGCUUCCUGGUGAAGAUGCAGAGGAGCAGUGAAUCUAACCAGGAUUCUAAGGAAGUAACAAAAAUGUAGCCACAAAGAGGCUUCACCUACCUAAUGACUGAAUGUAUAAGCUUGUAAAAAAAUGUAUAUAGAGAUUUUUAAAUGGCAGUAUAUGAAAGAAACAUACAGUAGUUCUUCAAAGAACAUUAUUUUCCCUGAUUUUUAAAAUGGUACUGAACAUACAGGGUCUCCAGAGUAUUUGUCUUUGACCUGGUAGUAGUGGGGUCAUCUUUACUGUUUCAAAUGAUUGUUCUAUGAAGCUCCUGUGCCAUCCUCUUUCCAGGGAGCUAAAGGGUAACUAUGAUAGCAUGCUCUUUGAAAUUUUGAAUGGAUAGGAAUACUUAGAACAGCAAAUUUUAGGGAAAUUAUAUCUAUGUUACUGACUUCGAUGGUGCCUGUGAAAUUCCUGUUUACCUUCCAGCUGGGUUUUCUGUGCCCAAAAUUAAUUGUGGACAUUUUACAUCAAUGGUAAUCACUCAUUACAGGAAAGUGUGAAGUCCUUCUACUUGAGUUUGCAUGAUUGGCUCUUUCUAAAAUCCUUUCCUGUGGCAUUCUCAUCUCAUUUGUAGGGGUGAUGGGUUUGCUGCAUAUUAUCACUAAUACGGGGGUUCGUGCUGAUGUUCAGAGGCAAAGCUGCUUUGUAGUGGACUCUGCCAUUCCCUGAACUUGAGCAGCAUCAGCAUCACCUGGAAACACAGAGAGCUGGGUCUGGUCUAGAAUUUGCCUUUCCAGCUGGUUCCCAGGUGAUGCUGAUGCUGCAGCUCUAGGGACCACAUUUCAAGAACCACUGCCCUUAACUGUAAAGGAGGGCCACACAGGCAGUAGGAAUAGGGCAGUAUUAUUAGUAUUAUCCCCUUUUAUACCGCCUGUGAUUGAUUGGGUCCUGUAGUUGGUUAGAGAAUAUGCUUGCCCAGAUUAUUUUAACUGUUACUGUGAUGCUAACAGGGCACUCCCUUCACAUUGGGUUUACUUUGCUAUAAAAACUCCACCAUAACCCAUUAAGACGGCUGUGAUCAAACUAAUAAUAAUAAUAAAAAGGACGGAUGAUAACAA